UGUAAUGCAAUUUUCUAACAAAUAGGCUCGUCUAUAAUGAGUCAAGAUCCAUGGGAAUUUUGGAAGUACAAACUUAAAUCGCCAAAAUAUGUAUCUGCCCCAAUGGUCGAUAUGAGUGAAUUGCCAUUUAGGCUUUUGACACGUAAGUACGAUUCGGAUUUAUGUUACAGUCCCAUGCUUCAUUCAUCUAAGUUUAGCAAAGAACCUAGGUAUCGGAAAGACAUGUUCUCAACUUGCGUAGAAGAUAGCCCUUUAAUCGUUCAGUUUUGCUCUAAUGAUGCCGCAGAUUUUUUGGCAGCCAGCUUAUUGGUUCAAUAUCAAUGCACUGCUGUAGAUCUAAACUUGGGUUGCCCGCAAAAGAUAGCUAAGAGAGGUCACUAUGGUGCCUAUAUCAUGGACGAAUGGGAACUAAUUAGCGAUAUAAUCAAAACAGCCACCAGAAAUCUUGAAACUCCCGUCACUUGUAAAAUCCGAAUUUAUCAAGACGAUUGUCGCAAAUCUAUUCACUAUGCCCAGAUGCUAGAAAAAGCUGGCUGCAAGCUUUUAGGUGUUCAUGGGCGAAGUCUGCAUCAAAAGGGGUCUUUGACUGGCCCCGCUGAUUGGCCCCAAAUUCGGCUCGUCAAAUCUCACCUGUCCAUCCCUGUGAUAGCAAACGGAAAUAUUUUGGAAUACUCUGAUUUGGAUGAAUGCAUUAAAAAGACUUCCGCUGACGCCGUUAUGAGUGCAGAAACCAUCCUCCAUAACCCCGCUCUUUUUUCAGACUCGCAUCCUUUCGUAUGGGACAUAGCCCAAGAAUUUCUGGAGCUUUGUUCACGCUAUCCCAUCAAUUUCAACCAUAUUCGGGCCCAUUUUUUCAAGAUCUUUCAUUUGUGCCUUCCAUUGCUUCCCCGCCUACGUGAUAAAUUGUGCUCUGCUCAAACUGACUUAGACUUACAUUCUUUCAUAGAAUCUGUCCGUUCCGCCUUGUUUUUCCCACAUGAUAAUGACUUGCGGGCGCGUGUACUACUCCAACAAAUCAAAUUGGGAAACGGAACAUCUCCUUACACCUUAGAUGCUGACGCUAUCACAGGCCUGAAUUUACUCAAACAAGAUGAGGAUCAAUCAAGUUCAAUUCUACCUCCUUGGGUGUGCCAACCUUUUAUACGUCCGAAUUACUUUAGUUAACGGUUAAUUUAUUUUUUGGAAUUAUUAAUUACCACUGAUCAUUUCUAUUGUUUAAAUGGAUA